UUCGGCCAUAUUUGGCUGACUUUUGCUGAUUUGUCGAAAUUCUGUGUUGUCAUUUUUCUUCUCUUAUCUUUUAUGUUUGUGCAGUUUUGAUCUCGACUCGCCUUCUACACAUCGUCUGCGAUUCGUUUCCAGUAGGCGACGACCCCGGGGCCGCGUUCCUUCUCGAGAAAGGGGAAAACUGUCCGAAAAGGAAAAAAUUCUCUCCUCAAAAAACAAACAAAAAAACAAGAAAAGGUUUGUCCACAGGAGAAAUUGAAUCUUGACAAAUGACAAGUGCGCUCGGAUUUCUCAUUCCGCGUUUCAAUCGUCAAUUCGGCCGUUCGCCGCUUCUUGACCUCCGAGUUGCGUGUUGAUUCAUUCGGCUCUCGGGUGUCGUUCCGACUCUACGGCUUGACACCGAGGAAGCGGAAGUGGAUCGAAAAAAAAAAAGAAAUUACGACAUAAUUCGUUUUACAUAACGUUCCUUACGUCUUUUAUUUUAGUUUCUUUUCAUUUUAUUUAGUUUUAUUGUUUAAAACACUUUUUAUUUUAUUUUCAAUUGAACUAAAUUCUGCUUUUUAUUUGGACAGCCCGUCUUGGAUAAAGUGACACCUCCCAAUCGUCAAAAAUGAUGCGGAAGAAAGAAGAUAUGCAAGUCAACGUGGCAGGGCUUAGACGUAACAUUAAAAACCUAGCUCACAAUUAUUCAGAUGCUCAGGUAAAAGUGAGAGAGGCGACAAGCAAUGAUCCCUGGGGACCGAGCAGUACUUUGAUGACGGAAAUUGCCGACUUGACAUAUAAUGUGGUGGCAUUUACUGAGAUUAUGCAGAUGAUCUGGAAGCGUCUCAACGAUCAUGGGCGUAAUUGGCGACACGUUUACAAGGCUCUCCUUCUCCUCGAAUAUCUCAUUAAGACUGGGUCUGAGAAAGUCGGCCAACAGUGUAAAGAGAACAUCUUUGCCAUUCAGACUUUAAGAGACUUCCAGCAUACUGAUGAAGGGAAGGAUCAGGGGGUCAACGUGCGCGAGAAAGCGAAGCAGCUUGUAAUCCUCCUCAGGGAUGAAGAACGCCUCAAGAAUGAAAGGGCUCGAGCUCUUAAAGCGAAGGAGAGGCUUGCCCAAACUGCCUCGGGCUUCGGCUCGGACAUGACGCUCGAUGCCACAUCUCCUUCAAGUCCGAGUUUUCAGUCGAGAGCCUGGGGAUCUGGCGAUAUGGAAGCACCGAACAAAGUAGAUAUUAUGUGCGCAAGACCAACCACAGCUGGCGAAGAAGAACUGCAGCUUCAAUUGGCUCUAGCCAUGUCCAGGGAAGAAGCAGAACAAGAAGAACAAAAACGUAGAAGUGAUGAUGUCAGAUUGCAAUUAGCGAUUUCUCAGAGUCAAAACGAAUUCAGACAAAACAGUGUUGACAGUGGUACGAAAUCAGGGAGUCAUAUGCUGGACCUGCUCGACGUCAAUUUGACUCCGCCGGAAUUGCCUCCUGCGAACAACUUACCAAUUCAGGAUCCGUGGGCAGUACCUUUACCGCCUCCGAGGCCUCAGACGUUGAACCUGAAUCUUUCAUAUUGGCCAGCGGCUGAUCCAUGGAGUGUUUCUUCAUCCACAACAACCAACCAUUCAGAUCCAUGGUCACCUAUACCAGUGAUGCCAGUGCAGUCAAAGCCAUCAGUACCAGUGCAGCCGAAUAAUCCAUGGAAAGCUCAUUCCCCAACUCCAUUAAAGCAGAAUGACCCAUGGUCACCGGCAACGGAGCCAAGCCCAGCUAUAUCGCUCUCAUCACCGAGCAACACGGACCUAGAUGAAUUUGAUAUAAUUUCAAAUAGAGAUAGAAACAAUAUUAACAACAAUAAGUCUGGUGGCAGUCCUAACCCAUUUGAUAUGAAAGAUCUCGGAGACGGCCUUGAAGAGAGCACAUCGACAAUGGUAAAGCGCAGCCCACACAGUUUUCUAGGGGAGAACUCAGCACUUGUCAACUUAGACAACCUUGUCACCAAACCUGUCACGCCGACUCCUUUGCAAACUCCGCAGCCACCUCGCACAGUUGCAGCCAACCCGUUCUCACCACUCACACCGCUGCAGCCAAUGCGAGCGCCUUAUCCUGCAACUUCGCAGGGCAUUGUACAACCAAUGGUGCCUCAGCCAAACCCUUUUUUAUCAUAGAUUCACAAUUUAACUGGUUUUAUGGGGUGAAUUUAUUUGUAAUAAAACAAUUUAAAUACCA